UGAAAGGAUUUCACAGAUCCCGGGGUGAAGCCCUAGUCCUAGACCCGGAUGGCGGGAACAAAGUUGUCUUUCCCUCCAAUUUGCUUGCUCUGAAAGUUCAUGUUCAUCCUAAUUCCCCUCGGCUUCACCGCACUCUUUUUCAUCACCCCCAAUUCCAAAACCCUAAUCAAUCAUUCUUCCUAAUCUCGUCUGAUUUCACGAGGUAUUCUAUUAACAUGGACGGCUCUGCAGUGGAGCUUAGUCCAAACAAUCUGGGCACGCCCAAGCGCCGGAAUGCUCGGCGGAAGUUCGUUCAGUCGACGUUGUUCCCUCAGAAAGCUCAAGAGUCCAAUGACAGAGCUGAUGAUCAACAAGAGGAAGAAGAAGCUCGCUGUUGUGCGAAUGAGAACGGGACGGGAAGGCCCAAACAGAAAGUUACUCCUCGAACCAAGAAUUCCAAGAUAAAGGAGAAGCUGCCGCAGAAUGCUACGUCAGAGAAUAUGGGCACACCCAAGCGCCGGAAUGUUCGCCGGAAGUUGGUUCAGUCGACAUUGUCCCCACAGAAAACCCAAGAGUCCAAUGACAGAGCUGAUGAACAGGAGGAGAACAAUGUCGUUGAUGAUCAACAAGAGAAAGAAGAGGCACAUUGUUGUGUGAAUGAGAAUGAGAAGGGAAAUUCCAAUCCAAAAGUUACUCCUCGAUCCAAGAAUCCCAAGAAAAAGGAGAAGCAGCUGCAAAACACUACACCAAAGAAACGGUCGCCCAAAGGGGUUAAGGGGUCAGGUUCACGGCAAAUGUUGACCAAUGUGGCACAGAUUAGUAUGGCGGUCCCUGAUUUGCGUUUGGAGGCAAAACUGUCAGCUGAGGAAAAUUCAAGGAUAUUUGCUGGACGGCAAAUGCAUCCCUUUUUUUCUUCAUGGAAGGUUGAGAAGAAACCUCAGGAGGCAGCUGAAUCAGAACUCAGUUUAUAUGCAGCGAGGAGGAAGGAUGAGCAAGUACUUGCCUGUGCCCCUAUUCAUGUAUUUGAAAAUAAUCAGGAUGUUGAUGAUACAUCAUUGCCCGACUGGAAAAACUGGACGUUUUUGGGGCAGACUGACAAAGCAAAUUAUGGUCCAGAAAGUUCAUUUUCCUCUGUUUUUGAGGGUUCUAUUGAACCCUUAAAUAUUGACAAGCUUCACAAUACUUGUUAUCCCUCUGGUGUUGCAGUUUCUCAAAAUGUCCUGUCUUAUUCAGAUCAACAUUCCAUAGAAUCUACGCAGCCUCAAGUAGAAAACUCAGCUUCACUGGAUGGUGGGCAAACAAGUCUUCAACCACCAGAAGCCAAACUGGACAUGAAAGCCAAUACUGAGCAAGCUGGCAUUUUCAGAAAGUCAGAUCCUGAACCACAGAGUAGAUUUCUUCAAGAAAGCAUGAGGUCGUAUUACCAUAGUUGUGGAGAUAAGGCUGAGGGAACCCUAUGGACGCACAAGUACAAGCCAACAAAGGCCUUUGAGGUAUGUGGUAAUGAUGAGUCCGUGAAAUUUUUGCGUGACUGGUUACAUCUCUGGCAUGGAAGACGUUAUCAAAGCAGGAAGGAUGCCUCGUGCAGGGAUAAAAGUGAUAUGCAUGGUGGUGGUGGUGACGACGAUGACUAUGACUGUUCUCAUUGUGACUAUGAUUCAGAAGACAUGACUGAGGGGGACUCCCUGGAGAAUGUUCUCUUAAUUACUGGACCAAUUGGGAGUGGCAAAUCUGCGGCUAUAUAUGCUUGUGCACAAGAGGAGGGGUUUGAGGUUCUAGAGCUCAAUACAUCAGACUGUCGAAAUGGGACUGCUGUCAAGCAGCACUUUGGAGAUGCUCUUGGAUCGCUUGGGUUCAAAAGGUUAUUGGAACACACGGAUGGUUCACCAAUGAAGAAAAAGAGGAAGCUGUCCUUAGGCCUAGCUUUGCCUAGUAACAAAGCAUCUGAUGAGUUAAAUGAAGGGGUAAUUGGACCAAUAGCCAUAUCUGAUGAUGAAGUCUGCCCAGUUGCAACAUCUUGUAUGUUACCGGGCCAGAGAAACUUAAUUGGAUAUGAUAAAGUCCAAACAUUAAUUCUAGUUGAGGAUGUGGACAUCCUUUUUCCUGAAGAUCGUGGAUGUAUUGCUGCCAUACAACAAAUUGCCGAGACAGCAAAGGGGCCUAUCAUAUUAACCUGCAAUAGUUAUAAUCCUGCUCUGCCAGAUAAUUUUAGUAGACGUCAUGUUUCUUUCUCAUUGCCAUCCACAAAGGAGUUGCUGUGUCAUUUGUACAUGGUUUGUGUUACGGAAGGAGUCAACAUUGAUCCUUUUGUACUGGAGAAAUUUAUACAAUUUUGCGAUGGAGAUAUCCGCAAAACUGUGAUGCAUCUUCAGUUCUGGUUCCAGAGUAAAAGAUUAAGAAAAGACAAAAAAGCACAGAAAUUGUAUGGCUCGCUUCCAUUUGACCUUGAGGUUGGCCAUCAGAUACUGCCCAAGAUGAUGCCCUGGGGUUUUCCCUCUCAGUUAUCUGAACUAAUUGAGAAGGAAGUUACCAGGGUAAUAACCACAAUGGAAGAAAACUCUAGUUUGCAGGGGUUAGUUGAGGAACAGCUUGACUUGAAUGAAAAGCAAAGUGAUUCGGAUGUGAAGCAGGUGGGAACUGAUUAUAUAGAGUCGAAGAAAGUAGAAAUGCUUGAGAGGAAUGGAUCUGUUACAGACUACAGCCAAUUGGAAGCUCAAUUUCAUGCUCUUUCUGAGAUUUCAAAUUCUUUUGGCACCCCGGUUGCACCUUCUAAAAGGAAGAUUCAAAGGAAGCUUGUAGUGAUGUCCUCUGGUUCUGAGGAUGAGGAUUUAAAUAAUGGGCACCCUCUUGACAUGUGUGAUGAUGCCGACAAUGGACCAGCUCUUGUGGACAACAGUGAUACUCCAUCAAAACUUCCAAUGAAUAAAAAAUACACCAGCGUAUCAUUUUUUAAGCGGGGUGCUGGAUUGGAGGAGUCUGAGGUAGACCUGAACAAACAUUUAAGAACAGCUGACGUUAUGUGUUCAAGUGAAACAUCCAAGUCACUUGAUGUAUCCUGUGUUCCGGAAUCAACUUUUGUUCCUGAGACUCUUGAUGAAAUAGAAACUAUCUCUGGAGCAGUGUCUUGUGGCAAUGGUGAUGGUCCUUUGGAAGUCUCUGUGAAUAAUGAGUUACCACCAUUCACUUUCAGUGUUCGCAAGCGCUUAGCCAAGCGAGUGCUGGAUGAUGAUUUGUUGGGAAGUACCAAAAUACCAGAAUCUUCUCAAAAAGAGAUUGUGCAAGAUUUGAUAGAUGAAAAUAUGGAACCUUCACCCGUGUAUGAUGUGAUGGAUGAAUGCAGUCGAGUGGAUUUCAAAAUGAAGUCCAAUUUUGUCGAACCCUUUCCAUCAAUGGGGACUGAUGUAAUACAUAAGAUCUGGAGAGAACUGCGUGAAUGUCGAGCAGAUUUAAGACAGCAUGCUGCCACUGAACAGCCAGGUGCUUUUGAAGUCGUUAAACUGGCUUGUGGUAUCAGCAAUCUAAUUUCAGAGGCUGACUUGCUGUUUGGUAACUUAAAACAAAAAGAAUGUGAUAUUUUGGAAGCUCCAACUUCACUUUUUAACGAAGCCACAUUUAAUUGGUAUGAUGAGCAAAUGAUGGUGUCCACUGUUGCUGAACAUGGGUUUUGUUUUUAUGCUAAACACUUGUCAGAUAUGGGAUUGAAGUCAGACUGCAAGAGCAAUGUAGAUUUAACUUCAGAGAUCUUGACUUCCACUACUAGCAUGGUGGCACUGGGCUAUUUAUCUAGACAGGGCCUCUCAAACCGUACUAACUCCUGUACUCGAAAGGACUUUGGGAACAAGUCAAGAAACGAUUUGCCAGAUAGCCAAAUGCAGACAUCACUGUUCAGCGUAGUCCAGUCCACUGUUCCCGCAAGAUUAUCCUUGGCACUGAAAGGCGUUGCGUUCAAUGAAUAUCUAUCUUCGUUGCGCCUUAUCGCAAGGUUAGAAGACUUGCGCAUAUCACAAGGUGCUGAAAAGACGAGAAGGCGAAGGGCGCGGGGUGCUCAACAUUACUUGAGCAAGGGUACCAUGAUAUUGUCGCGUGAGGAUAUAUCAUUGUUGGGUGAAGGAGAUCUGUACAGAAAGAACUUUUCCAAGCAUAUUGGUGCCAGCAACCAGGUGGAUAGCAACUUUACAUAAUUCAACGCUUCAGCAUAGAGUUAAUAAUUUAUUCAUUCCUUGACCAAAAAUAAUUUAUUCAUCCCUCACGCUUGACACCCAAGAAUUCAGAUUGCAUUGACGAUUGGCAUACGAUGAGUUCCCUGCGGUCAUGGGAUGCGAUUGUAAAUUAAACCAGAGAAGUAGCGUUAGGAUCAGGAUUCAGAAGUAGGAAUUGGCCCGUUUCUGUAAAGUUAUAUGAUUAAAAGCCUAGGUUUCUGUUUUUUAAGUGAGAAGUAAAUCUCAGUCAUUGUUUAAAAGAAAAAAUUGAUAAGAAAUAAAGCCUAUAGUGAUUAAUCCACCGUAUUCAUAUCAUCUGAACAA